GUCACAACGUUGCGCUUCCCAUGUCGGCCAUUUUUUAUCCGCUUCAGACCUCCAGCGUCUGCUCUCAUUCACUCCACUUUGCGAGCUUGGUUCAGCGCCUGGUCGCGAAUUAUCCGUGAUCAUCUCGGCCAAGCCGUGAAUUGUAAACUUCAAACAUGGCCUACAAGGACACUGGUAAACCGGUGGCUGAAGAGGCUGUAAUUCACAAGAUCCGAAUUACAUUGACAUCCCGCAAUGUUCCAUCUCUCGAGAAAGUGUGCUCCGAGUUGGUUGGUGCUGCUAAGGACAAGAACCUCCGCGUGAAGGGACCCGUCCGCAUGCCUACCAAGACUCUGCGCAUCACUACUCGUAAGACUCCUUGUGGUGAGGGAUCAAAGACUUGGGACAGAUUCCAAAUGCGUAUUCACAAACGCAUCAUUGAUCUCCAGAGCCCAGCCGAGAUCGUUAAGCAGAUCACAUCUUUCUCGAUUGAGCCUGGCGUCGAGGUUGAAGUUACCAUUGCUGACGCUUAAACGUGUCCAUUUGUGCCUACUUGUUCUAUUCUUGAAAUGUGAUCAAGUCAAUAAAAAGGCAUAAUCAAACUA